AUGACAUCAUCGAGUAAGCCAAAUGAAAACCUGACAAUUCAGAUACCAAAGACAGUAGUAGAAACAGAUUUAGACGUGAUAGAAAACGGAGGUAUAAGUCCUCAGUUAUCAAUCCGAACAGAAGAUGACGCCUGUUCGGAAAUAAUUCGCAUUGAUCCUCAAACUCCAGAUGAGAGACCUUCGGCUCUAGGAAGAUUUGUUCAGACACUUCAGGUGAUAAAAGCAUGGGCAUCAGGGAGAUGGAAAGCACGGACGCUGCCACAGCGACCAGAUUCGUUUUUGGAAAGAGUCGCAAUGGGUGGAACAGAGGCAAAACUGACGCCAGGAGAUCGGCGGACAAGAAAAAUCUCAGAUAUCAGAUACUGGAAAGGUUUUGUUGUGGAUCCGUCGCAGUCUUACUACUAUCGUUGGUUAUUUGUUAUAUCUAUUGCCGUCCUUUACAAUAUUAUUUUCAUCAUCGCUCGAGCAACAUUUAUAGAGAUGCAACAAGAGUAUACAGCUUUAUGGUUCACUCUGGACUACUGUAGUGAUUUCUUGUACAUAUUAGAUAUGGUUGUCUCUCUCAAAACAGGUUAUCUUGAAGAGGGUCUUCUUGUCAGAGAUUUUUCAAAACUUCGAAAAAAUUACUUAAGUUCAACAAACUUCAAAACAGAUCUACUCAGCAUUGUACCUACCGACUUUUUCUAUCUAAUAACUGGUACCAGUGUACCAGAGUUGCGGUUUAACAGAAUUUUAAGAUUCAAUAGACUUUUGGAAUUUUUCGAUCGCACAGCAACUCGUACAAGCUUUACAAAUAUGGUGCGUAUUCUGAACCUUGUUUUGUACAUAUUAAUUAUCAUUCAUUGGAACGCAUGUAUAUACUUUGCUAUGAGCAAUGCAAUAGGAUUUGGAAGUGAUGGUUGGGUGUAUCCAAAUACCACAAAUAACCCAACAAAUGCACGAUUGACUAGAAAGUACAUCUAUAGUUUUUAUUGGUCUACAUUGACCUUGACAACAAUCGGGGAAACCCCGACGCCAGAAAGAGACAUCGAGUUUUUGUUCGUUGUUGUGGAUUUUCUUAUUGGUGUUUUAAUAUUCGCUACCAUUGUUGGCAAUGUUGGUAGCAUGAUUACCAACAUGAACGCAGCGCGUGCAGAAUUUCAAUCAAAGAUGGACGGGGUUAAGCAAUACAUGGAAUUUCGAAAGGUUACGAAAGAAUUAGAACAACGUGUGAUUAAAUGGUUUGACUAUUUGUGGACCAAUAAGAAAUCAUUAAACGAAGAGGAAGUGCUGAUGUCACUUCCGGACAAACUAAAAGCGGAAAUUGCAAUUCACGUGCAUUUAGAUACGUUGAAACGGGUAGCGCUAUUUCAAGACUGCGAACCAGGACUUUUAGUUGAAUUAGUGCUAAAAUUAAAACUGCAAGUGUUCAGUCCUGGUGAUUAUAUUUGUCGUAAAGGGGAUAUAGGCAAAGAAAUGUACAUUGUCAAACGAGGACAAUUAGGUGUGGUUUCCGAUGAUGGAAAACAGAUUUUCGCUACUUUAAGAGAAGGUAGCGUGUUCGGAGAAAUAAGCAUUUUAAACAUUGCAGGGAACAAGCAUGGUAACAGACGAACCGCGAAUAUCCGUAGUAUUGGAUAUAGUGAUUUAUUCUGUUUAUCAAAAGAUGAUCUGUGGGAAGUAUUAACACAAUACCCUGAUGCAAAACAAAUUUUGAUAGACAAAGGAAAGAAAAUUUUAAGAAAAGACAACCUUCUAGACGAAGAACUUAUGCAGCAAAUGGAAGCUCAAGAAGAAACAACGGACCAAAAGCUACAACGCAUUGAUGGCAGUCUAGAUACACUUCAAACUCGAUUUGCACGUCUGCUUGCCGACUUCAAUACAACACAACAAAAACUGAAGCAACGAAUCACAAAAAUAGAGAAAGUGUUACGAAAAGAUGAGGAUACUAUCUCAAACUUUUCUGCGUUUGAUAGUUGAUAGUAAUAUAGGUAGAUAAAAUAACAUAUGUGUGCGUGCUAUUAAAAAAAUAUAAUAUGAUUGUAAGACACUUUGAAAUUAUUACAAUAACAAUCAAUCAGUGAUCAAACGGUAAUUUUUCAACCUUAGAUAAAUUUGAUAUGCCACUACACUAUAUACGUCACCUUUUUUGCUGGCCUACAUGCCAAUGCCAUACCGGGCAGAAAGUAGGUAAGUAAGUAACAAACCAUAUAAUGCGUUACAAAUGUUGUUCAUAUCCUAGUGCAGUGGAUUUCAAAACAUACAUUUUCGUGAUCUUCAUAAGGAAUGUGUGCCCGUAUCUCAUUUUUAGCCCCAAUUACAAUAAUAUUAUACUUCAAAAGAGGGACGAAAGAUACCAGAGGGACAGUCAGACUCAUAGAUCGAAAACAAACUGACAACGCCAUGGCCAAAAAUAAAAAUACAAACAGACAAAUAAUAGUACAGAUGACACAACAUAGAAAACUAAAGACUAAGCAACACGAACCCCACCAAAAACUGGGGGUGAUCUCAGGUGCUCCGGAAGGGUAAGCAGAUCCUGAUCCACAUGUGGCAGCCGUCGUGUUCAAUAGUAAUUACAAUCAUCGAGUACAAUUCUGGUCUUCGUUUUUUGUUCACAUGGGAUAUAUCUCGGAUCCCCUGUAACGGUAACCAAUCAAAUUGCAGGAUUUGCCCGGAUAUUUCACUCCAGUAUCAUAUUCACCAAUGAUUGGCGUUAACUAUCUCUGGGAUAAGAUAGGCUUAAUAUCAGGGUUUAGCGUUAUUGUGAUAUUGUUAUUAUAGUCAUUUUGGUGUUUUAGAAUGUAUACAUUUACAUUAUACAUGUAUUACAUUACAUUGCGUUACAUAAUAUCAUUGUAUUACAUAACAUUACAUUACAUUUUUUUACAUAAUGCGUAUUUUAUAUAGCCCAUUUGCAGAUGAGAAUUUAAAGCGUUCAUAAAAUGCUUUAUAAUAAUGAUAUUUUACUAUUGCUCAGAUACAUGGUAUAUUAAGCAAAAUAUGGUCCUUUUAAUAAACAGUAGUAAUGGAAAUCAGUUGAUCAAAACAACUCGAAAAGUGUGAAUAGAACAAUAUUUAGGGUUUACAAGAGAUGAAACGCAUGUACUUUAAACGGAAAAUUAAGAUAUUGCAAAUGAAAGAUUUAUUCUUUAUACCAAAUGACAAAUAUGUAAUUAAGGAAUCACGUAAGUUAUGCAUUCGUUUAGUAAGUUUUAUUUUUAACAAUCUUUGAAACCUAUUUAUAAUAUGUUACAAAUGUUAUGAAAUUAACAUACAUAGGGGAAACCCCCAACCAAGCUAUCCAGAAAAAAAGAUGUAAAAAUAUGAAAACAUAACUAUGAUUUAACUAUCUUAAACCAUUCUGAACCAUUGUAAAUGACAAUAACCAUUAUAACCUUUUCAACCUAAAACCAUUUUAAUACCUACACUGACAACCCAAGACAAAUCUUAACUUUACGAACUGAUCGUCUCAGAUAAUUUUUGUUUUUAUUUUCAAAUUUAAUUGAUUAUAAUAUUGUACCUUCUACAUUAUACCUGCUUUAGUUAUGGUUGUUUUAUAUACGUAUCUCGUACCUUUCCUUGUCGCAGCACACAGAGACGGAUAAGAAAAUCCUCCGCCAGUUUAACUCAAACAGGACGUCAAAUUAUUUAGCACAGUGUAAAAGGUACAGCAUAGGGACUUCUGUAAAAGCAUUAAGUAUACAAUAGUCAAUACAAUACACAAA